ACUCUAGGGCCUUAGUAACAAUUUAAGAAAGCCUGUUUGCUUUCUCCCCACCCUCUGCAGUGCUUAAGGUGGGUUGGGCAAAAUGUUUAUAUAGCUUUAGUUGUGUGACAGUAGAGGCAUAGAGCAUCGUGGUGAGCAAGGAACACAGACAAAUGGAAGACUUGAGUAUAAAAUAUGUCAACCUGGAACGAUCUGAAAAUCUUGAGAGUCAUAGAACAAAUGGCUUCGGCAGCACCAAAUCUCUGGUGGUGCGAAGAGGAGCCCCGUUCAAAAUCAGUGCUCAACUGGACGGCCGACCCUUCAACCCAAAGACGGAUAAUCUGAGGAUCAAAGUCAUGCUAGGUCACCUGUACGCAGUAAUACCUGUAACCUUCUCCAAGAGUUCUUCCUCAUCCAACUGGAAGGCCUAUAUUGACCCCGAAGGCUGGAACCCUCUGGAACCGUCUAUCUAUAUCUCCUCUCCUGUCUCUGCCUCAGUGGGCUGCUACAGAUUUCAGCUGUGUGUGUUUACGCAGGAUGGCAAGAAAAGCUAUGCAGACGGCAAAUUCAUCCUGCUCUGCAACCCUUGGUGUUCUGAGGAUGCAGUGUACAUCCCAUUUGAGGACCAGAGAGAAGAAUAUAUCCAGAGUGACUCAGGGUUGCUGUUUAUGGGAACAGCAAUGAACCUUGUGUCAAGACCAUGGUCCUUUGAUCAGUAUGAGCCUGGUGUUCUGGAGGCAUGCCUGAAUCUGCUCCAAGUCAGCCCUCAGCACAAACAUAACAGAAGAAUGGACUACCUGAACCGAAACAACCCAGUGUACCUCAGUCGGAUUGUGUCUGCCAUGAUCAACAGUGAGGAUGAUUGUGGUGUGCUGAAAGGGAACUGGACAGAUGACUUCAAACAAGGUGUCAGUCCCACCAUGUGGACUGGAAGCGGGGACAUUUUGAGAAAGUGGGCCCAGUCUGGUAAUAGCCCAGUCAAGUAUGGACAGUGCUGGGUGUUUGCAGCUGUCAUGUGCACAGUUAUGAGAGUUCUUGGCAUUCCUUGCCGUGUUGUCACAAACUUCAACUCUGCUCACGACACUAAUGGGAACCUGGUGAUUGAGGAAUAUUACAGCUCAACAGGGCAGAAGUUAAACCACAGCAAAGACAGCAUCUGGAAUUUCCAUGUCUGGGUGGAGUGCUGGAUGACUCGCCAGGAUGUGGAAUCUGGAAUGGAUGGCUGGCAGGUUCUUGACCCAACUCCUCAGGAGAGAAGUGGAGGAGUGUACUGCUGUGGUCCGGCUCCAGUCAAAGCAAUUAAGAACAAGCGUGUCGACCUGUUAUAUGACAUCCCGUUUGUCUAUGCCAGCGUGAACGCCGACAUCCACACAAUCAUCUUGGGCCAGGGUCAGGUCCUCAGCUUUAGCAAAGACACAGAUAGAGUUGGCUCCCUCAUCUGCACUAAGGCUAUUGGGUUCCCCAGAUUGCAGAACAUCACAGGAGACUACAAACACGUCAAAAGCCCAACUUCAACACUUUCAUCAAGACGCUCUGCAAGUUCAGCCAACUCAACAUUAAGCAGAGCAGGCUCAUCUCAGAGAGUGUUCGUUUUCCUGACCCUGGACAAAUCCCCUGUUGCUGGGGAACCUGUCAGCUUCACAGUGAAAAUCGUGAACAAGCAGAAUGUAGGCAAGAGGCUGAAGGUGCAUCUCAACGCCCAAGCAAAAGAAUACAAUCGCAACCCCACAGACACCUUCUGGGAAGACCAUGGUGUUAUACAACUGGCACCCAUGGAAGUCAAGGUGCUGCACCUGCAGAUCCCCCCAGCAAAAUAUCAAGAUGUGGUGGAAAGUAAACUGAUCAACCUUGCAGUUGUUCUGGAGGAUAUGGCCAGUCGUGAGACGGUCCUGGCCUCGGAGGAGUUCAACCUUGCCAGCCCACAGCUCAUCAUACAGGUUUCACGUGAAAACUCCAUUGUCGCAUACAAAGAGCAGAUUGCCCUGGUGUCUUUCAUCAACCCAUAUUCUCACCCAGUCAGUGGAGUUCUGACUGUAGCUGGGGCUGGGCUGCUCCAGCGUAAACUUCAGUUCAGGAUGCCUCCUCUGAGCCCAGGAGGAAGGGUAGAUCAGCCUGUCCCAUUCAUCCCCAUCUUUACACCAACAGGUGUAAAGAUGCUGCAAGCCAGCCUGUCACUCACAAACAUGAAUGUCACCAUUAGUGGCUUUAAGAUGGUCUCUGUUAAAAAUGAUUAGCACCUGUGGCCAUUCUCGUGGUUUUCCUGUGAUGUAAAUAACUAAUGUAAAUCUAAUUUAUUUUAUUUAUUUUGCUAUUUAUAUAUGUAUAUAUAUAUAUAUAUAUAUAUAUAUAUAUAUAUAUAUAUAUAUAUAUAUGUGUGUGUGUGUGUGUGUGUGUUUGAGCCAUGAAAAUCAGCACUGCUACCUUAAUGUUGUAUGAUUUUAAAAAUAAAAGUCAUAAAAAGUC